AUGGAUUCCGAAAAUCAUAAAGAAAAUCCCAUCACUUUGGUCGGGAAAAUCGAACCGAUACAUAAUUUAAAGCCAGCAGGUUGGACGAAACCCCUGAUUUUCUCAUCCGUUGCUGCAUCGAUUGGAUCUUUUAUCUUUGGAUUUAAUAUUAGCGUGAUUGAUGCGCCUUCACAAAUAUUUACGCAAUGCGAUUUGGAAAGUGGGCUUUCUGGCGCAUUUCCGACAUGCAUAAAUGUGCAUGGCUACUGGAACCUUGUAGUGACCAUUUUCUGCAUCGGUGGCCUGAUCGGGUCGCUUUCUUCCUCUUUUUUGAUGAGUAACAUCGGUCGAAAAGCAACAAUCCUUUAUAACUGCUUUUUCUUUAUGGCUGGCGGCUUAUUGAUGUCGCUCAGCAGUAAUUUGGCCAUGCUGCUUAUUGGUCGUCUUCUAAUUGGCUUUGCCUCCGGUCUUGUGACCUGUGUUGUGCCUACUUACUUGGCCGAGAUAUCCCCAGACACCAUUAGAGGCCAAGUAGCUUCGUUCCACCAGUGCAUGUUGGUUAUUGGAAUUAUUUUUGCGCAAGCGCUGGCCUUUCCGCUGGUCACUCCUGGAUUGCAAACUUGGAGAAUUCUGUUUUUCAUCACUGCGGGUCUAGGUUGUGUUCAAUUAAUUUGUCUCUUCUUUGCUGCAGAAUCGCCCGUUUUUCUUGCAAGUAAGCGAGGAAUUGAGCAUGCAGAAAAGUCGCUUAAAAAACUUCGUGGCUCAAAAAGCAUCGCAGAGGAUCUUUUGCGACUUCAAAAGAGGUCCUCGCAAUCUGUAUUUUCUUCAAAGCCGCUUUCCAUUCUUGAGCUCAUACCGCAUAAAGAGGCUAGAAAAAGUGUGCUAGUUUCCUCAUUUAGCCAUCUUGCUCAGCAGCUUUCUGGCAUAAAUGCGUAUUUCUUUUAUUGCAUGAUAAUUUUUGGAAGCAUCUCUUUGCCUUUCAGUCCGAAAGUGAUUCCUUUGAUAUUGGGUAUCGUUAAUGCCGCAUUUUCCUGCGGUUCUGUUUUUCUUAUCGACAGAAGCGGUCGUAGACCUCUGCUUCUGCUUUCGACUGUUAUAUGCUGUAUUUCUACAUUUUGUAUUGUGAUCGGAUUUUUGUUUGGGUUGACCCUUUUGAAGGUUAUACCGGCAAUUACUUUUGUUGCUGGAUUUGCCAUUGGGCUUGGUCCUGUACCAUGGAUUAUUGUUGGCGAUAUUUUCCCAUCAGAAGCGAUCAGCUCCGGGUCUUCUCUCGCAAUUACGGUCAAUUGGAUAUGCAACUCGCUGGUGGCCUUUGGAACGGAGAUGCUUUGCAGCGUACUUGGUCCGUUUGCAUUUUUACCAUUUCUCGCUGUUUUAAUUGCUUACCUAUUUUUUAUCCUGGCUUAUAUUCCGGAAACUAAAGGUACUGUACCCGCAUACCUUUAA